UAGAUUAUUUCAUAUUAAAAUGUUGCGCAAGGUACAUUUUAAAUUAAUUUUCAUUAUUCUGUAUUUUUUUAUAAAUAUUUCAGCUAGUCAAAAUUUAUUUGAAUUAUCUGUUGUUCAUUUCAACGAUUUUCAUGCAAGAUACGAACAAAUUGGUAGUGUGUCCGGUGUAUGCUAUGACACUCCAACAUGUGUUGGAGGGUUUGCUCGAUUGACAACACAAAUCCAAGAAAUCUUAGCUGCCAAACCAGAUAGUAUCCUUCUAAAUGGAGGUGACAAUUUUCAAGGUACCCUGUACUACAGUCUAGGAAAAUGGAACAUAACGCAGCAGUUUCUCAAUAAGUUACCUUUUGAUGCCAUCGUUUUAGGCAAUCAUGAGUUUGAUAAUGGUCUAGAUGGAGUUGUACCGUUUAUUACACACUCGAAAGCCCCUGUGGUAUGUACUAAUAUAGAUGACAGCCUGGAACCGAGCAUACAGGGUACUUACACCAAGAGUACCGUCGUUGAAAGGAAUGGAAAAAAGAUAGGAAUCAUCGGUGUGAUAUACUCUAAAACGAAUGAAAUAUCUACGACUGGGAAAUUGAAGUUUCUUCCUGAAUCUUCUACUGUUAAUGAAGAAGCAGAAAGACUAGUUAGAGAAGAAGGGGUGUUCACAAAUAUCGUUCUAUCACACGUGGGGUACGAUAUUGACAAGGAGAUAGCAGCAAAUGCCAGUGAAAAAAUUGGACUCAUUGUAGGAGGACAUUCUCACACUUUUCUAUAUUCUGGAGAUGAUCCUCAAGGUCCUGACGCUCCCGAAGGACCAUACCCUACUAUAAUCAAGAGUAAAAAUAACAAGGACGUUCUUAUAGUGCAGGCAUUUGCUUACACGAAAUACCUUGGAAAUAUAACAGUGUUUUACGACGAUAAUGGUGAAGUAGUGAACUAUGAAGGGUCUCCAAUCUACCUAAGCAACGAUAUUCCACAAGAUGAGAAUAUAACCAAAGAACUAGCACCAUGGAAAGAACUAGUUGACAGUCAAGGAUCUGUAGUACUGGGCUCAACUCACGUGACUCUGUCUAAAACUGGUUGUUAUUUUAGCGAAUGCAGCUUAGGGAAUUUUGUUACAGACGCAUACAUAUUUGCUUAUGUGGAUACUGUUCAAAAUGAAGCAUGGACUGGUGCUGCCAUUGGUAUAACAAACGCAGGCGGUUUAAGAGACACUAUAGGCAUUGGAGAUGUCACCUAUAACGACUUACUGCUAGCCCAACCUUUCGGCAACACAGUUGAUUUUGGUCAAAUCAAAGGAAAAUACAUCAAAGAAGUUCUAGAACAAGGCACUAAAGAGUACAACAAUCAAAGAGUAUUGUCAGAUUUAAAGUUAUUACAUGUUUCUGGUGCGCAAGUUGUAUAUAAUCUAACACGCCCUUUUGGUGAAAGGGUGCAAAGUAUAAAAGUGCGCUGUCAAAAAUGUCUAGUACCAGAAUACGAGGAUUUAGAUUUAGAAGAAACAUACAAUGUUGCUGUAAAUUCUUACGUAGCUGGAGGUGGUGAUGGUUAUACAGCCGUAUCAGAGAACAUAGAAAAUUUAGCGAUAGGUCAAGUUGAUGUCGAGGUUUUUAUGAAAUAUCUACAGUCUAAGUCGCCAGUAUUUCAAGAAGUUGACGGAAGAAUAACAGUAUACAGCGAUGAAGAAAUUAGAUUUAAGUCAAAUGAAUAAUUUCAAUUGACAUGUAACAAAAUUAAGCUUACAAAAAACAUUCAGAGGGCCAAAAAUUGUAUUAUUGAGAAAUCAGAAAGCCUAUGAAGUGAGCCUACACUUCUUCGUACCCUGUACGAUAAACUGUAACAUAAUUUGUUUAUACAUUUUCAUAUUUAAUUAAUAUUAUAUAAUUUUAUUAUUUUGUUGUAUUAUUCUAAUAUUUCCAAUCGGCAACCGGCGCAUCACCAGCUGAUGUAGUGUUACAUAUGUAGAAUGAACAAUAGUGUUAAAACUACAUGUUUAUACUCGUAACAAAAUAAAA